UUGUACAUACAUAAUUGCUUUCACAGGAUUGACAAGAUAAUUGGAGGUGGACUGUUUUCUGGCGAGAUAACGGAGAUUGCAGGACCCCCUGGCAGUGGAAAAACACAGUUUUGCCUGACAUUCGCUGCCAGCACUGUCAUGAAAAGCGGAUGUCGAGUGCUUUACGUGGACAGUACAGGCUCGUUCUCAUCUUUUCGAUUUUCAGAGGUGCUGCUGAGUCGUAGCCCUCAGUUUCAGGAGGAAACUCUUCACGAGCAUUUGCGAAGAAUGUUGGUAGUCACUGUGGCCGACUACCAGCAACUCGCGGAGUUGAUCGAAAAUCUAACUGAGAACGUUGAUGAUAUUCUAUUCAACUUGAAAGCCAUAAUUGUGGACCACAUUGGCACCAUCCUGUCGCCGCUAUCCUGGAGUUGUUACAAAACAGGUACUAAAUAG